AUGGCUCGGUUAGACCAGCUGCCUUCCGAAUUGGUUUUUCUUAUUGCAGAGGACUUGCCGAACGAAAAAAACAUCAACGCUUUUGUGCAAACCAACCGGAAUCUAUACAGUCGUCUUCAGCUCUUCUUAUGCCAACGGAACAUUAAGAAUCAUCAAACCUCACCCUUACCCUGGGCCGCCAGGAAUGGGUAUACUAAUAUGACGGUAAUGCUACUCGAUGCCGGUGCAAAUAUAGCCGCAUUUGAGACCCCGGAAGAGACAAUUGGUAUCUCAAGAAACCCCCAAAACCCUUUACUAUUUGCCGCUCAAGGAAGGCAUAUAGUCACCCUCAAAACUAUGCUUUCGGAAACACGGUCUGAUCGAGCCUGCUCACCAGCUCAACGACGUACUGUUCUCAACUGGGCUAUCUACUCUCACGAUCAAGAGCUUGUCGAGUUGAUGAUCAGAUAUAAGGCACCAUUAGACCCAGCGGGAUAUGGGCCGUUCUCUGCCCUAGGUGCUGCUGUUGCCUCGGGUUACGACCUCAUAAUCCCCCGUCUUCUCAAGGAGGGGGCGCAACCAGGUUAUUGGGAAAACCCGUGCCCAAUCGCGAACGCUAUCUAUACUGAUCAGCGACAAGUCGUCGAGCUUCUACUGAAGCAAGGCGUGCGGCUUGUUUCCGACAGAGCCCUAUGCGAUAUAGUACGCCGAAACGACAAGGAUCUGUACGACAUUUUGGUCAAAUAUAAUGCUUUGGAGGUAGAUGUUUUCGGCCCUCAGGCAUUGUUUAUGGCAAUCAUGCACGGGAAUUAUGAGAUGGUCGAAUCGCUGAUUGAGCAGGGUGCGAAUCCGCAUCUAGAAUGGCAAGUGAUUUACGGUGCCCCAGGUUCGUCGUUUUACGGCACAAUAGGAUUUGCCAUAUAUUUUCACCACUUCGAGAUUGCGAAGCUUCUGCUAGCAAAGGGUGUCCUCCCAUCUAGAGGAGACUUUCUUCUGGCGGAGGUCAGGAGGCCAUUUCCUCUAUCGCAAUUCUCCUAUAGAGAUUUGCCGCAAAAGAACAAUGUGUUCGAUUACGUCCGGUGGCAGAUAUCUGAGAGAUAUAAGAACGGUCUUGGGAUCAAUGUGAUGGAAGCAAACUAUUGGAGCAAAGAUAGCUUCCCGGAAAGCUACGUGAGAGAUCUACUAUGA